UCGGGGCACUCCACGCGUUUUUCACGACGCGAACAUCCACGGGUUACGAAGGAUACCAAGCGACCGAUUACAAUUUUCCUCUGGAGAACUCUCAGCAUCCCUUUCGAUUCCAGAGGCAUACCAGACCUCGCGGCGUGAUGGCGUUUCCCUCAUCGAUCGCGAUCGUUUUCAUUGGCGUGACCGCUUACGCGGUUACGGCCGGACCUGUUCAGGGUAUAUCGAACACGCUGCAACGGGACGAAUACGGAUCACCGCCGUUGGCGGAUCUGCUGGCAAGAUACUGGGAAGAUCGCAGAAUGAAUCAAGAAAUGAAACAAAAUGCGAAUCAGAUCGGCGAUGGAUAUCUUGUGAGAGAUAUUGAUGAUCAACGCAGACGUUUACUAGGUGAACUAACGGAUCGCUUAACUCAACAUUCAGAUUUCGCCAAUGAUGAACAAAUACUUGACGCAAUCGGCCAAGGAGAAAUUUCUAUUGAUCGGUAUCGUGAUGAAUUACUCACGGAUCAGCUUAUCAAUCGCGAUGUUUCGAACAACGCAAGAGAGGACGAUGGAAAGAAAAAUCUAGAUCAGAUUAAUAACGAGCAUCUUGUGAGAAAUUUGGAUCAGAUUGGCGGCGGGCAUCUCGUAAGAAAUUUGGAUCAGAUCGGUGGUGGACAUCUCGUGAGAAAUUUGGACCAGAUCGGCGGUGGACAUCUUGUGAGAAAUCUCGAUCAAAUCGGUGGCGGACAUCUCGUGAGAAACCUGGACCAGAUUGGCGGUGGACAUCUCGUGAGAAAUCUUGAUCAGAUUGGCGGUGGACAUCUCGUAAGGAAUCUAGAUCAAAUCGGCGGUGGACAUCUCGUGAGAAAUUUAGAUCAAAUCGGCGGUGGGCAUCUUGUAAGGAAUCUAGAUCAAAUCGGCGGUGGGCAUGUGCUUAGAAAUGUCGAUUACUCGAAUGCAGAAACAAAGCGAAGCGCUGAUCAGCCUGCGGUUGUCUUGAGAAAGCUACAAUUAGCGCGGAAUUUGGAACGAAUUAAGAACGACAAUCUCUUGAGAAACAUGGAGUAAAUCGAUAGUGAAAAUCUUGUGAGAAGCUAGGAGUGAUUUUGCUUGAUUGGAUUAAAUCCAAAAAAUCUACAUAAGAUGAAGAAAAAGAAUUUAUUUGUACGCUUAAAAAUGAUCGAAA